UUCAUUGUGUACUUACCUGUGUAUAUAAACUCAACUGACAUUUCCAGGGUUUUUGAAAUCUCUUGCUCUCAGAUACCAUGGAAAGUCAUUGUUGUUGGAUGGGAUAUUGUCAUGGGGUAGAGUUUCAUAACAACUGUUGCUAUGUGAGUGUGACGUAGGAUCGGCAUGGGAAGCCCCCAGCACUGCAGUUUGUUGCUGUUGUAGCCGGGGAAGCCGACACACAUCACAGAGACAAUAUGACUGUACGACGGAGCAAAUACAAAGACAACGAUGAUGUUCAGCAACUUGACCCCCUGCUGGAACGGCGCCGGUGCCGGAUUUCUGAGUUCGGCCAUAACUAAAGGACAAGUCAGUGUUGAUUAAAGAAAAAAACAAAAGCAGCAAAAAAAUCGGUCACCCUGCGGAAUGAAUUGAGGGUUUUCAGGCAAAUGGGGCGACAGAGUGAGCGGGGCUCAUCGGCUGAGUAUAAACACCUUGUGGACGCCGACGAGGAAGAAGAAGAUGAGACAAUCUGGACGAAAGAAGUGGAAAGGCCCUGCUCCUUACCAGCCAAUAAGAGUCUGGCGAUAGCGUGCUUCAUGGUGGUGGUGUUGUGCUUCCUUGUGGCAGGUUUGGCCUAUCUGUCCGGGAACUCGGCGUGCACACUGGCAGACGUGGUCACAUCGUGUGGGAAAGUACGUGGCAGGCACUGCGGCAAAGUUUAUAGUUUUAAGGGGAUCCCCUACGCUAGCCCACCAACUGGGAAUUUACGCUGGAUGCCACCCAAGAAACCCACCUGCUGGAACGACACACUGGAUGCCACGGAGUUUAAGUCAAUGUGCGCCCAAGUGCGGCCCUUGCGCAAAGCUGGCAAAGUAAUGGGCUCGGAAGACUGUUUAUAUGUGAAUGUUUGGACCACGUCGGUUGACCAUGAUGCCAAGCUUCCAGUGAUGGUCUGGAUUCAUGGGGGUUACCUGCACAUGCUGAGUGGUUCUGAGCCUGGGUACAGCCCAAAUUCAGAUUUAGCAGAACAUGGGUCAGCAGUUCAUGUCAGCUUCAACUAUCGACUGAAUGCUUUUGGGUUUAUGGCUUUGCACCUGCUGAGAGAGGGAUCUUCCACCAACACCUCUGGCAAUUACGGGUUCAUGGACCAAGUGGCUGCUCUGAACUGGGUGAAGAAUAAUAUCGAGAGAUUUGGUGGUGAUCCUGACAAGGUGACAAUCUAUGGUCAAAGCUCAGGUGGCACCUCCGUUUGGGCAAUGAUGGUGUCACCACUAGCAAAUGGUCUGUUCCAUCGUGCGAUUGACAUAAGUGGCUCAGCAGUGUUCACAGCUUCCAUGGAUGAUGCGGAAAAGGACAACCUUGUCUUCCUGAAGCAGACAGGCUGCUCCGACGCCCAGUGCCUGCGCAAACUGAGUGUGGACAAAAUCCUUCAGUCCAUCUCUUGGCAGGGAUACCCUGACUGGGCAGCCGAUGAUCUUUGUGAACUUCCACAGAAAGGCAAACUGAUUGGCCCGGUGGCUGUAGUGGAUGGGUACGUGGUGCCAGCUUCACCCCUGGAAAUAUGGAAGAACAAGAUGAAAGGCUACAGUGAUGUGCCGUUUGUGAUUGGCACCACCUUACAAGAAACUGAUUUUGCACCUCCAUAUGCCAAUCUAUCUCAAUGGUCUGAAGAGGACUACCAAUGGUUUGUGAAAGCUCAUCUGGACACCUUUGGUGGAAGCCUGACCAAAGAUGCACUGGCCUUGUAUCCUACUUCAGAGUACUGUGCCCAACCCAAGCGCUGUAUAGAAAAGGCUUUCACCACCAUGGUCUCAGAUGUAAGAGUAACUUGUCCUAAAAAUGAGGUGGCAGAGCAGGCUGCAGCUGCCCUUUCUAGUCCGGUUUAUCGGUAUGUCGUCACCUACAUUCCCUCCGCCCCAACAAUGCCCAAUGACUUCUUUCCAUAUCCUAGCUGGUUUGCCUUUCAUGUGUUGGAUACAUUGGGAUUUUUUGGAACUCUGGACUGGGCAUUGGGGGUGACGACAGAGAAUGACCGCGCUUUCCAGAGGCUGGUGAGGAAAUAUUUCCUCUACUUUGCAAAAGAAGGAAAAAUGCCAGACAAUUGGCCGGAGUAUCCCAACAAAACAGCAUUACUAUCCACAACACUGAGCGUCGAGAGCGACUACCGCUCAAACCAGUGCUCCCUAUGGCACAGAAAUGGUAUGUUCCAAUAUGCCUGGGUCAACUAGGAGAGGACGGCAUGAACCAGUCACCUAUUGGUCUUUGGGUGCAGCUACUACUUCUUUCUUGGACUUUAAAUGCUCCUUAGGGAGUAGCAACCAGAAACACAAUCGUCGUGGAGCAAAGCCACGAACUUCGAUUGCCUCGAUAUAUUUUUUUACUGAGCCGGUUAGAAUUCCGAAGGCAAAACAAAACUUCUUAGAAAUCAAUUUAAAGGGAAGAUGCUCAACAUGGACCAUGUUCUCCUUUGGUCUUACAAUAACCAAUUCAGUGGGGAGGAAGAACAAAACUCACACAAAAUUACAGAAUAAACAUUUUCCUGCUCGGAGCAGUUCUAAAAGCGCCGACCUCACCUAACAAGCGGAUUCGUCCAACAUCUGACCCACGUGAAUAAGCAACAAGACCAGCAUAAAGUUCUGGAGUAAUCACUAGUUUGCUUUUGAGAUGAUGGAGCCCAGUUGGUCUACAUUCACCCCUAAGGGUUAGUUCACACAAGGAGAUUUUGUCGGCUGGCGACUAAUCGCCUCGUCUUCUGAGCGACUAUCUCCCGAACUGCCUCAGUGUUUUUUCCCA